AUGGCGUUCGUGAAUCGCGGACCCCUCUCCAUAGCGUGCCCGUGGCCGGGCACACCUCGCAAAGGUACGAACCGUCGCCGUGUUUAGUUUACCGAACGUCGGUCGCCGGUCUCGCAUUGCCAUUGUUCCUGCGGUCGCGGGCCUCCAACAGGAAAAACGGACGCCACCCGCGGGAAGACCAGCCAUCGGCCAUCGAUCCGUCAUGCGGCCGCCAGCGUCGUUCCCAGUGUUGUGAUGCGGCCCGGUGGUUGUUGUUCUUGUUGUUGUUGCUGUUGUGACGUGCAAACGAUGUUAGUUCAGUGAGAUGGCGGAAGUCAAGCCCCUGUAUUCGACAUGCGUCGCAGUCCUGGGAUUUAUUUGUUUCGUUGUCGGCGCGACGGCCGUCGGUAUACCGAUGUGGGGAUACUUCGAUACUCCUGUCGGUCCUGGAGAAGAAAGAGGUUACUUUGGACCGUGGAAGACUUGUAAAUUACUUCUGUACAACAGGGUGAAAUGCGGGAACGACGCCUCCAGGUUUCAUCCUUCAGUUGUCGUUUGGGUGGCUGGAGUCCUUGCAACAGUUGGUGUAACCAUCCUGGGUGUGUUCUGUGUUCUCAGUGUGCUGCAAUUAGCAAUGUUGAGUUCUAAGGAAAAAGUGGUUUUAAAAUACAGUGCGGUGGUAAUAUUGAAGCUGGCGCUCGGAUUAUUGUCGGCAUUGCUCGCGAUUGCGGUCGCCGUGAUUUUCGCAUUGAGGAUCGACGCGGACAACAGCGGCUUCGAAAUAAGCCGCGGGCCCGCGUUUUAUAUUCAGAUUUUGUUGAUUUUCUUGAACUGCGUCCUGUUCGUGAUGUCCAUCUACGACAUGUUGUUCGCGAGGCGGGAAGGUGGCGACCCCACCAACGUGGCCGUACCUGUUGAACCGACCACGUACGGGAAUCCGGGUUUCCGGGAACGCGGCACGAACGGUAAGCACCAAAAUAUUUUCCUCCACGUUCUUCUAACCUCGUUACUAAUUAAUCCAGGUAUCUCGAUGACGGACGCAAGCGGCAAGCCCUACGUGAAUCCGGCAUCGAACGGCAGCAUGGUGUCCAUGAACACGACGUCCACCACCAUCGACUCGACGACUGGUUCUACAGUUGGCUCGUCCGUGGUGCGGUCGCCGUUGAGGUCGAGCCUCAAGAAGCCGAAGCAGAAGGACGGUUUGGGUAUCCAGAAUCCGGGAUUCUCGGGCACGUCGCCGACGUUCAGCAGGAACGGCAGCAUGAAAAAAGUGAGGAUACAGACGCACAGUACUGAAGUGUAGUGGGAAUGCAGGAGGAAAGUUUAAGAGUGUUUUUCAAAUGUGACAUAAUUUGCUGGGGUUUGGAUUGUUACCAGAUUCUGCAUAUUGUGUGUUAUAUUAUCAUUCCCAACUAUAGUUUUAACAUGUAAUCAUUUUGUACGUGUUUUUUUGUAAUAAAUACCGGACUGUGUCAAAGGAAAGUAAAUGUAAUUUAUACGAACACACACAUACACUUUUAUACACGUAAUUUUUUAUCAAAUAAAACAUGCAUUUUUUAUUGUAGGAAUUGUGUGUGUUCUAUGAUUAUAUUUAUUAAAUAGUGGUAGUACAAACUUUGAAACCAAAAUUUAGAACUUCCAAGUAACAUUUAGGACAUUUUUAUAUUGGCACCUUUUUAAAUCCGACCACAACUUUAAAACAUGUUAGUAGACUAGAAUUUAAGACUUAACGACAUAUUCUAAAUUUGCCUUGAAUUUUAUGUGUUUAUAGGGUAAAAAAUCCAUUUUCUGUCGCCCGAGUUUCUACAGAAAUGAAUUUUUAAUCUCCUCUUUAAUUUUUUGCCAUAAUUAAACUGUCUGCCCUUAACUACAACAAAUUGAAAAUUGUGUUAUGAAACCUUGUUUAUAAAAAAAAACAUGUACAUUUCUAGUAAUUAAAAAUUAAAAUUGUAUAUAAGCACAAGGUCCGUCCGUUGUUUCCACAACCAAGUUGUAAUUUUUUUUUUUAAUUUGUGUUAAACACAUUUAUAUAUUUUAUUGUAGCCGUUCAUAGAACGAUAUGUAGAUAUAAUGUAUUUUAUUAUUGUUAUUAUUUGUAUUUUUCGUACCUACUUCAAAUGGGUCCACGGUAGUUGUAUUUUAUUCAAAUUGUGUCCAAGAAAAUCCGUCCAUUAUUAUUUAUUUAUAUCUGUUAUUUAUUGUAAUACAAAUUUUUAAAUAUUAUAUUUGUAAUCUUAUAUUUUAUUGUUGUACAUAGUAGGAUUUAAAUAAUAAUAUGUAUAAAGUGUCCCCUUCUUUUAGAUAUACAUUGUUGUAGUCUUAAAUAACAAGUGCUAAAUUUUAACAGUUUAUAGCUUUUCAAAGUUUUAUGUCCUUGUGAUACUAAAUAUAAAUCGUAUCAUUUCAAA